GAAAGCGCUGCAGCGAUAGGAAGAGUCCUGUUGGAAAUAAACGCGCGCGCUUCGCCACCGUCACGACGCCGACGUUCGCACGACCGACGGAGAAGAGCCAGCGGCGGGUAGGUCGCGCCGCUUCCUAUCGGGCGCCUCGCAUCCGGGCGAAGGUUGGACCGGCCAGUUAGUUCGAAUCGGUCGUAAUGUUGUAGUGGAAAAUGAAGUCUGCUCUAAUUUACAAGCAUGGGCAACUAACGCAAGUAGGAUGCUGUCGACUGUUGAAUCCACGACACGCCGCCAUCACAGCCGCCAUUUACACUCUGAAUAUAUCGAUAUUGGUCGUGCUGCUUUAUAGUUGGAGAAUCGGCGUGAACAUCAAGAGAUUCGCAACCUUAGAAGACGUUUAUUAUGGUGUUCAGAUCGCUUAUCUGGCGAUAAUAGGAACCCACCUAUUCAUGAUACUGCUGAGCAUAGUGCUGUUAAUCGGAAUUUACAGGGAAAAUAUCUCACUUAUCAUUCCCUGGGUGAUAGGAUUUAUAACGUUCAUGGCCCUGGAAGCGGUUUCCAUGGUGUAUUCCAACGUCCUCAGGGAUCAUGUAAAUAAAGAAUUCGACGCCCUUUGCAAGGCCGAGGUGGCUUUUUUCAUUUCCAGAGUUUUCAUUAAUAUGCUCGCCAUCGGCGGCGUGAUGCGCUUCAGCAACCUGCUGCGCGCCGGCAUCUCCUGGAAGGGCCCCGAGGUCAUCGAGCUAUGAUCCAGAAAUUCCCUUUGCGACUACGACUACGACGACGACGAGGACGUCUUCGACUCGGACAGCGAUUGCUCGCUCUUGGUUAGAGUGUCUUCAUCCGGUUCCGGAGUUAGCGCCAACUCGGACUUCGUGUGACACAUGAGGUGCUCCAGGGGGUAAAUUUUCUAUCUACCUUUACUUUAUACAGGAUCUCUCCGAAGUCUCUACCACUCAAGAGCG